ACCCAUCCAUCCGGCAUCCGGGACGAGCCGCGAGCGCCGAGCGGGAGCAGCACCAAAUGCGACGUCAAAUCGCGCCGAAACCACUCCCAAAAGAUCAACGCCUGCCGCGCUAACGCCGCACCUUACCGUAACGGCACCCAGUACGUCUUCUCUUCCCCUUCCUCCUCCGCCUAAAUUUAGCGGCAGCUCCUCCGCCUUCCUCCUCUGCUCUGCUCCUCUCUCCGCUUCUCUUCCCUCCCUCCAUUGCUAGCUAUCCUAUCUCUCCUCGCUGCCGCUAACCCCCGUGGAGCUGGAGGCGCGAGCUUCUCCUUCUCCUCGUAUACUUACCACCGCACACGCGUCCCCCCGCCCAUUCUUAGCCACCCCGUGCUCUCCCUCAUCCCUUCUUCCCUCCCUCCAUGGCCUCUUCGGUCGCCGCCAUGCCCCGCGACUCCGCACCAUGGAGGGACCCCUCCUCCAGGCCGCGCCCUUUCUUCAACGUCAUCAUCCCGCCGCACCGCAAAACCUUCUCCGACAACGCCGCCCCCUCCUCCUCCUCCUCCUCCACGCCCGCCGAGCCCACGCCCAGGCGCCGCCGCAUCAUCCUCGAGCGCUGGGCCGCCGCCGCCGCCGCCGUCACCGCGGCCGCCACGCCGCCGCCCGCCGACGUGCGCCGCCGCGCCAGGGAGGCCGAGCUGUCCGAGCUCGCCUCCGCCACGCGCCCCGUCGCCGCGCGCGCCGCCGUCUUCCGCGAGCCCUCGCCCGCGCCGUCGGAGGCCUCGUCCUGCGCUGGCGGGCCGGACCUCCCGCCGUCCGGCCCGCGCGCGUCGUCCCUCAUCCAGCGCUGGCGCGAGAUCGAGGCCGUCGGCCCCGCCACGCCCCGCGCCUCCGGCGGCGACGCCGCCUCCGAGUCCGACGCCGGCUCCCCGCGCGGCCGCGUCGGCUGCAUCGUCAAGAAGCUCAGCGGCGCCGCCUCGCUCCCGGAGGAGGACUUCGACGCCGCCAAUGACGACGACCUCUCCCUCUCGCAGUCCGCGCCCACCUCGCCCGCGCCGCUGCGCCACGCCAUCCACUCCCUCGCCGUUCGCGUCAAGGGUCACCACCCGCCCAAGCUCGUCGUCCGGACCGUGCGCGGCCGACGCGCCAGGGAGGAGCUUGUCGCCAGGAUGGCACAUCGCCGGAAGCGCGAGCUCGCCGCGCUCAACGACCGCCACGUCGUCUCCAGGUUCGCCCACAAAGGAAGGAUCCAGUCCAUGCUUCGUCUGAAGCUGUUGCGUCAGGGAGAUACAAUCAACGAUGAAGUGUGGAAUCUACUAAGACCGGUUAGGCCACACCCACCAAGAUGUGGACCUGAGGCAUCUGCCAUGAGAGACGGUAGCAGCAAGAAAGAUCGACAAGAAGCAAAUGAAUGCAUUCUGCAAAAUAAUAGGGUUGAUGAACAACAAAAUGAUGAUAUAAGUCCAUCUGUGGAAAAGUCUGCUGGGUUAUCAAUUGAGAACCAUGUUAAUUCUGACUGUCUACGAAACCGACAAUAUGAUGAGAAGAUAAACACAGAAGGAUGCCAGGAAGAUUGUUCAAACUUAGUAAACUCGUGUGUUCACAAUCAGGAAUAUUCUAAAGCUUCAAGCUUUGCAAGCUAUGAUAAUCAGCGUGCUGUCUAUGACAAUCAGUAUAUGGAUGAUAUCUCCCCAAGUACCACCACAAGCACAAUUCGUGAGCUCCAGGAAACUCCUUCAUCAAGAGGUGACACUUUGCGAGAAGAAGACAACCAAAGUCUCAAUGGUUCUUGGGACGAGAGAGCAUUAUGGAGCAGUCUUGGUUGGCCCGCACCAGUAGAUUCCAUGAGUCCGGACAGCUGGCAUCAAGACACGAUUGGAGAUAUGGAGAAUCAUAAUCAGAUUGAAUUUAAUGAUCGACCUUGGAUAGACUCCCCUAACUCAUGGAGAUCAUUGCAUAUUGCCACACAAGCAGAGGGCCGAGAUUUGUCUGGCAAUACUGACAUUUGUAAUCUUCUUGAGAGCAAAAAGGUCUCAAAGUCCCUCGAGAGUGAUUUUAGCAACAAAAUGAAUCAUCUCCUGCGAGCAAUCCUGCAGAAGCAAAGGCAACAACACAUGAUUGAUGAGUUUGGGGGAUACUAUCAGGAACACUUAUACUGGCAACAAAAUCAUGAAUCCCGGAAUGAAGACCAUGUUGCAUCUGCACCGUGUUCAUUAGAACCUGUCUCCCAUGUCGCAGCCCACCCCCAAGAGAGUUGGCAGCACUCUUCAUUUGAACAUCAACAUCACGAAAAUCAAAAUCUGCUUGAAAUGGAGGUCAGGGUGAGAAGUGAAAUGGCCCAGAUUCAUCAUGAAAUAUAUGAACUACGUAAGUUGGCAGAAAGUUGUAUUGCAUCCCAAGUAAAGAUGCAGCACUCCAUUAAAGAGGAGGUGUGCAGUGCACUGCGUGAAGCUGGGCUGAUGCCAAGCCAACCUGACAUAACAGCCAAGAAAGGCACGUGCUGCAUCUGCAAUCAGAUGCAAGUUGACUCUCUACUUUACAGGUGUGGCCAUAUGUGCACUUGUUUCAACUGUGCUGAUCAGCUGAGAUCAAGCAGCGGUAGAUGCCCAAUCUGUCAAUCUUCUAUCGACGACGUUGUUCGGGCUCACCCCAAUUUUUGAGGUUUAGGAUUUAGGAAGGAGAAAAAAGCCGACACUCCCAGCUUUAGAUGUGGAGUUUGCGAAGCCCUGGUUUUGAGGAGGCUUCUUACCUUUUGUUAACCACUGAAAGUAUACGAGCUAGCCUUUCUCGAGAAAAUGUAAAUAUAUUUUGUGCAACUUCGACCUGUAUUGACGGAAAGGGAAACAUAGAUCUAAUCAAAAUGCUGAUCUUGUUUC